AUGAUUGUAUCCGGUUCCUUGGGUCGUCAGAUAGUACCAGAAAUCGAAGCAUGGUCACAACUGGAAGCAAUUUAUGUGUUUUGUGGCAACCAAUCGGUUCAUGAACAAUGGGCUAAAAAAAUAAGCAAGGUUAAGGGUGUAUAUACUAAAAUAGAACCAAUUUGUCAAGCACUUGAAAUCGAUCGACAACAAUGUGAUCAAGCUAUGAUCCCGGUCAGCUUUAGUGGUCCUGAUGCAUUAUUUAUGUAUACACAACUUUUAAAAGAAGCACUCUUGGAUAUUGAAGAUGACGAUGUCAAAUCGCUUAAAGAUCUCGUAGAAUACUGUCGUCUGCAAAAUGAUGUUGAUGGAGAUGAAAUAAAAAAAGUGCAACAAGAGUACCGAAAUCUACCACCAAUUUGGUGGUAUACCGCUCCUUAUUUCAUGUACUCAAUGCUCAAUCGGGGACUCCGAGAAAUGGAUGUUGACAUCAUCCUUAAAAUGGGCUUUUUCAUCCGUCAUUUACAUCAACAUAUUACCGAACUACAUCACGAACAAAAAGCCAGCAUGCCAGCAAAAUUUCAAGUCUUCCGUGGACAAGGUUUGUCCAUGGAAGUUUUUGAAAAAAUGAAAAAAACCAAAGGAGGACUUAUGUCCUUUAAUAAUUUCUUAUCAACAAGUCGCAAUCCUGAGAUAUCUUUCAAAAACUUUGCACAACCAGCAGCAUUUAAUACAAAUGCAGUUGGUAUCCUGUUCAUUAUGAACAUCGAUACGGCUAUUUGUACAAAAUCAUCAACAACAUUUGCUGAAGUAAGCAAAGUUGGCUACUACAAAGAUGAAGAGGAAGAAAUACUUUUUACAACACAUGCGAUUUUUCGUAUCGAUCGCAUUGAACCAAUUCCCGAUAAUCACUGUGCUCGGCUAUACAAAGUUAAUCUCACUAUUGUCGGUAAUGACAAUCAUGAAUUGAACACACUUAUAGCCCAUAUACGUGAGGAACUUGGUGGGCGCACAGGGUGGUCUCGACUUGGUCUCAUACUUAUUAAAUUGGGUGAACUUCGUAAAAAUCGAGUUACAGUGCUCAAAACUCAAGGUUUUCUAGAAUAUCGAGCAGCUAAUGGUCCAAAGUGUGCGAUUGGCGCCCAAUAUAGUCGAAUAUUAGGUCAAUUUAUUGGACGAAAUAAUGAAGUUAUAUUGAAAGAACUGGCUAAAAAAUGGCAUAAACAAUAUGAAUAA